AUGAGAUUCUGCCCACAUCUGCUUCGGACAGUUGUGAAUAGAACCUCUUUCUUCCAUCAAUCCGUCAGACUGGCUACUACUCCUUCUCAUUCUCCCUUCCCUUCUUCUAUUCACGCCCGUUCAUCGCUCAUCGCUCAGCACUUUUCCACUUCAACUUCACCUUCAUCUGGUUCAAAGAUGCCUCCAUACUACUCCGUCCGAAAGGUCGGUGCUCCUUUCACCCUCGACCAUCGUGUCUUCAUCGAGGCCGACGGUCAGCCUAUCUCUCCUUUCCAUGAUAUCCCUCUCUAUGCCAAUGAGCAGAAAACUAUCCUUAACAUGAUCGUUGAGAUUCCCAGGUGGACCAAUGCGAAGCAGGAAAUCAGCAAGGACGAGCUCUUGAACCCCAUCAAGCAAGAUAUCAAGAAGGGCAAGCUCCGAUUCGUCCGAAACUGCUUCCCCCACAAGGGAUACCUCUGGAACUAUGGUGCCUUCCCUCAAACUUGGGAAGACCCCAACACCAGCCACCCCGAGACCAAGGCUAAGGGGGACAAUGACCCGCUCGACGUCUGCGAAAUCGGUGAGAAUGUUGGAUUCACCGGUCAGGUAAAGCAGGUCAAGGUCCUCGGCAUCAUGGCCCUCCUCGACGAAGGCGAAACCGACUGGAAGGUCAUUGUCAUCGAUAUUAACGACCCACUUGCUCCUAAGCUCAACGACGUUGAGGAUGUCGAACGUCAUUUGCCAGGUCUUCUCAGGGCUACCAAUGAGUGGUUCCGCAUCUACAAAAUCCCAGAUGGCAAGCCCGAGAACCAGUUCGCAUUCUCUGGUGAAUGCAAGAACAAGAAGUACGCCGACGACAUCAUCCGUGAGACCCACGAGGCCUGGGAGAAGUUGAUCACCGGGCAGACUGAUGCCGGUGGUAUCACAACCGCCAACAUCACCGUCGGAGCAUCACCCUUCCGCACUACCCUCGAAAAUAUCCCACCAAUUCCUGCGAACCAGAACCUUGCCCCUGCUCCAAUUGAUCCAAGCAUUGACAAGUGGUUCUUCAUCAGCGGUUCCGCUGCCUAA